GAGCUUCAACAGUUUAACAGAGCAACCGUCAGUUGACGGUGUAAAUACAGGAACCACCGUCCAUUCAUCCACCGUGACACCCUGACGCAGUGACCGUGGAGCUGUGACCAUGUUUAUUAGAAUAAAGGUCCAAAGGUGAAGUCUGAGCUGCGGGUGGAGACUCCACCGAGCAGGAAGACACAUGGAAGUAUUUCUGAGUUCCUGACAACAAUGACUCCUCUUCAGUAAUCACGGCAGAGGAAGUUUCUCAGUUGUUAUGUAGAAGAAGUACAAUAAAAACAAAAGCUUCUUUCUUAACCUUUUCCAGCUGGUGAUGAUGCACGGCUCCUACUUCCUGAGUUAACGAGCAGGUAGAAAAUGCUGACGGCACAAAGAGGACGGGGGAGGAAAAAGACUGAGGAGUCAACAAACUUAGGUCCGGAUGGAAGUGGAACAUUUUAUUGUGCUGGAAGGUCAGAAACAGCCUCCUGCAUGUAUGUACUCCCCUGGCCUCCUGUGUACAGAUCUGAUUUUUUUCCUGUCUUCCUCCACACCGGCAACAGAAGAUAUAUGAGGGAGCCACACAGAGAGUCACUUCACAGUAUAUUCACCCAGUCUGAUCGCUUUGUAAAGUUUCACUUCGCCCAAACUGGUCCCUCUCCUCCUGCAGAUCCAGACUCCGCCGCACUGUCGUCUCUGAUACGACAACUUCAACAAUCAUGUGAUGAACUUCAAGUUUCUCCCUCGUUCAGGUACAUGUCAAACUUUGCCACCCGCUCUAAGUCCAUCAUCACUUCUGCUGCUGGAUUUUUACCCACAAACAUUUUCACAUGGAAGCAGAGCAGUGGCCAUGAUGAGCACACAGAGCCGCCUGAAACCUCCCAGUCAGCCCGUUCUCACUGUCCACAACUCCCAGAAUGCUUUAGGAGCAGGAGAGACUCCAGGUCUGUGUCUCGCUGUGUCAGCGCUCCCUCGCUGAGUCAGCUCACCUGUGCAGAGACUGAGAGCUUGAAACGAGCUGAGAGUUUACCUGCCAUGAUGUUAAACAGCAGCUUUGAGGAGUUCACCCCUGAUAUCAGUGCUGAAGGAGACGAUGAGAGCUACAGUUUCCAGUGCUCCGGCCCAGGCCUGUACCAGUGCAGCGUGACAGGCCUGCUGUUUGACAUGGAGGGAGAAGGGGACGUGGUUUACAGGCUGGUCCCUUGGAACAGGAGGCUACUGGCCCCACAUCACAAGAAGCCUGCAGGACCCCUGUUUGACAUCAAAUGUGUGCAGCAGUGUGUGAGGCAGCUUCACCUCCCACACUGUGAGAUCCGCUCCACAGGAGGAGGUCACUUCCUGUCAGUGGCUCAUGUGAACGAUGAGGCCGUGGAGUUUAUCGGGCCUCAUCAGACCACAGAGACUCACCUGGUUAUAAACAUCAGCGGCUUUUCUGCUUUCGGUAACGUCAAGGACGAAGACGCCCCACCCGAGCCGGUCCGAGCGUUGGUCCUGCUGUUCUACAGGCCCCCGGCCGACCCUGAUCCUGAAUCUCUCCUCAAUGUGUUGCUGCUGCCCAGAAAUGUUCCUCUGCGGGACGUGCUGCGCACCAGGAAGAAGUUAGUGGGAGAUGAGACGUACAUAGAGACGUCCCCACACUGUAAACUGAUCCCAGGUCAGGUCUACACUCUGUCCACUUGUCCUGAAGACCACUCGCUUCUAGUCCAACCAACAGAAGCUGAGUUUGACUCUGACAACUACGACGACUACUUUCCAUCGUUCCAGGUGAGCUGGGAAACCAGGCUGAAACACGUGAAGCUGGUUCUGAGAGACAGCGACGGCUCCCACAGCGCGUGGGAAAGACGAGUUUGUCUUUGGUCCAGUGGAGGGAAAAGGUGGUGUGGGCCGAGUCCUCUGAACGUGGCCUCGAACCAGAGGCUGCUGGACGUACGGAGCAGCUUCAUCGAUGGGAUAUCAGGACCUGUUCUCAAGAGUCUGCUGGACAAACUGUUUGAGAAAAGGGUGAUGAGUGAUUCAGAGAGGGAGUCAGCGGACGAGACGCAGAACAAAAGAGACAAAGCUCGUUUAGUUGUGGACACAGUGAGGAGGAAAGGAGAAGCUGCUAGUUCAGAGAUGAUUGAGCUUCUCUGUGAGCUCGACCCCUUCCUCUGUGAACACCUGGAGCUCACCUGAACAUCAACCUUGCAUGCAUCUACAUCAGCUCCGCAAAAGUCAGAGCUGCUGUGCCCCCAAAACCACAGAUAAAGUAUAAUAGGUGCAGAGAAAAGAGGGCAAGUGGUCAGGUUAGACUGUGUUUCCUGUUGAUGCUGUGAGAACUACUUAGAACAUGUUCUUCGGGGAAUCUCCCUCAUCUGUUUGUACAGACUGAAAAUGAGAGGAAACUUUGAGCAAACCUUGUCUGACUGAUUCUGAUAAAAUGGUGGGUUUAUACAAAAUCUUUAGUGAUCGCUCAGUGGCCAUUGAAAAGGCUGCAAGGACAAAAAUCCAGUAACAUUCAGAGGAAUGCACAACAAAGAUCUCAACAUAUGAAAUGAAGCAUGAACUGAGAGUUACACAGACUUCAGAUCAGAUGCAUCAGAUAUGCAGCCACAAACACCAGCAGAACAGUCCAGAUCUGAGGUCAAAGACGCCCCCUGCUGGCCAGAUACUGCACUGGAAACAUGAACUACCACAUGCAGCAACUAGAGGGAGGCAUUACUCAAACAGCUAGUUAAAGGAACUCUGCAGCAGAAUUAUGUGCACAUAUCAGAGCUACUGACAGCUGACACAAAGGUGCAAAAUGUGAAAUAUAAAAUUCAUAUCUUAAACUAAUGGUAGUCCUUCUUUAGUCUGAAUUACCACGACUGGACUGUAAACUGUAGGAAAACAACACCUAAACUAGCUCGUUAAGCUCAGCAUGAACACACCUGAUGAUCAGCUACAGCUGCUACUAAUCAACAGAGGUGAUGUCAGCAACUAAGACAAAUAAGGGAAAACUCACAACAGAAAAAAAAUGCUUCACCAUCAUUAAACAGGAAAUAGCAGACCUUCCUACAGUCCAGCUGAUGGAUAUGACUGACCCUGACCUGUAGUGUGGUGUGUUAUUGUACCCUGUGGUUUUAUAAUCUGCUUGUUUUUGCUGUCCUUUGUGUUUAUUGUGCUUUUUAUAUUUAUAGUGUUUACUUGGAAGCUGAAUUUAAUGUGACUUCCUGCUGUUUUAUUCAUGCCAUGACACAAAAAACCAGAUGUCAGAUUCUCAUAUUUCUCCAUAUAUGAAGUGAAGGGCAUCCUUCUGGAUAAUAAUAGUUUUUAAAUAAAGUUUAAAAGUAUAUAUAUUCAAAAAAGUAUAUCUAUCUAUCUAUCUGUUGUUAUUGUUGCUUUUUUUGCCUUUUCAUGUCUCAUGUGUGUCUUCCUCCUUCCGUUAAUCACUUUUUAUAUUAUCAAUAAACACAAACACUC